GCGCCGGCGGCCAUGUCGGAGCUGGCGCGGGAGGAGCUGUCGGCGCUCGCCGCCAUCUACUGCGAGCCGGGCGCCUGCGAGGUGCUGGCGGCCUCAGAGAUACAUGGAAUCUCAUUUAGAAUUCAAGUCUGUGUGAAAGAACUACUGGCUACAGAUGUACUUUUAAAGCUGUUGUUUCAUKUACCAGUCAAUUACCCAUCAACUGUACCGAAUAUUUCUGUUAACUCAGACCAGCUUACAAGGGCCCAGUGUGUGGAGGUGAAAGAUAAAUUACUUGAACAAGCAAAGAAGCAUCUCUCUGAACCCAUGGUACAUGAUCUCAUUCUUUGGCUUCAGCAGCAUCUUAAAGAUGUCAUUAAGCAAUCGGCAGCAGUUUCCAAUGAAAAAACUACUUUGUCAAAAAGAACAGAAGAUGGUAUCUGGAUGCUCCUUUUGCAUUUAGAUCACAUGAGAGCAAAGGCAAAAUAUGUGAAAACUCUGGAAAAAUGGGCUUCAAAUCUAAGGCUGACUGGAAGACUGAUGUUCAUGGGCAAGAUAAUAUUGAUUCUUCUUCAGGGUGACAGGAGCAGCAUUAAGGAGUACUUGAUUCUUCAGAAAACUUCUAAGGUAGAUGUGGACUCAAGUGGAAAGAAAUGCAAAGAAAAAAUGAUGAGUGUACUGUGUGAGACAGAAGUACAGUCACAGCAUAAAAGGUUUCAGACGUUUGAAGUCAAAGAAUAUUCAACACUGGAGGAGCUACAAAAGGAAUUUGAAACUGCAGGACUUACAGCUCUUUUCUCUGAGUUUGUGCCUCCUCUCUUAAAAUGAAGUUUAAAGAAAACACUGGACCUUUGACCAAAGCAGUACCUGACUGCAGAUGCUGAUGGAAGGUAAAAGGACCAAUGUGGCAAACAAUGUUGAAGCUUUUCUGCAAAAAAUACCAGAAGUAGUCAUCCUUUUGCCAGAAGAAGGCAAUUCAUGCAUUAAAAACUGUUAUUUUUUUGACAUUUUUAUAUUAAUAAGUUUUUCCAAGCAGUGUGAAGUUGAUUGUACUAGUCGCAUGGCAAAUGCGAGAGAUUGGGAAGAAAUAAUGUUAAAAAACAUGGUAUUCUAGUCAGAGUCUAUUUUGCAGUCCCUGUUCUCAAUGCAUUGUUUCUUCUCUCUCAUGGUGGAGUUUGUUGAUAAUGGCCUGCUAGAAAGCAUGAUUAAUUUUGCUGUUGAAGAUUAUAUGAAGAUAUUUCUAUGAAAAACCAGAGCAAACACGGAUUUGAAUAUAUGAGGCCAGCAUAUACUUAAUAACCCUUAGGAGUUCAUCUGCUAAUUUUUCAUUUUCCAUUUAAUUGACUGUAAAUAUUAGAUGUUGAUUUGAAGGAAAAGCUCAUGUCACUUGGGGCCUGAAAAAAUGGUGUCUUUUUGAAUAUUAGUUAUUAUUCUAAAAUGUAUAGAAACACCCUUGUGGGUGAUUUAAAUUGAUUUAAAAACUGAGGUAAAGCCAAUUGUAAUAUUUYCUUUGAUAGUUUACAGAUUUUUUUUGCACUUUAUUUGGUUUUACUGUCUGUGCAGCUUUAGAUAUCUUGCUUCAAUUAAACUGUUUUUGUUUGUUUGUUUAUUUGGGGUCUUUUGGUUGGUCACUGGGCUCGACCAGCUUAUAAUUUUUUUUAUCAGUAGUUCGUCUUUCACCUCUGCAUAGUGUUUGAAACUAUAUGCAUAAUUUUAUGAAUUGUGCAAGAUGUACAAGUUCUGUUUACUUAGGGAGAAUUGGCUACUUAUUGCUUACGAUUUUUAAUGUAUGUCCUUUGGUUUCUGUUUUACCCGAAACCACUUUCUAGCAAGACUAGAUAAAUUAYCCAGUAAUAAAAAUUUUGCAGUCAUGAGUUUCUCAGUAGCUAGCACUGCCUUUGUGUUUCAAUUGGUUUUAGCAUGUAGCUAAACAUGUGCUUUACUGCUCUCUAAAACUCAGUCCCAGAAGUCAAAUGUCUCAUAUAUUCUCRUAUGUUAAUUAAACAGAUUUGAUCAAUUAAGUGUAAAUUAAUUUAUUUCCAUUGUACUGGGGGAAGACCAGUAAAAUUUGUUUAGUUCUCAUAGUGUAGUUUGACACAUAAUUGUGUAAGAUCUGAUUUCCUGUUUYAUACUCAGACCAUGAGAUCAUACCUUUCUUGAUAUAUUCUAGAAAAGCAGCUAAAGCAGACUAGGAUGAUUUUUACGUUUUUUAAUUUGAGAUAACAGAUGCAUAAAGGGUUGUAGACUGUUCGAAAGUUUUUGAAGUUUUUCAGGAGUUGGUUAAUUUUCCUAAUACAGAGUGUCUCAAAAAUGUAUGUUGGAUGUUAUUUUAUGCACUGAUGCUAAUUUAAUGAGAUAGUAGCAAAACUCUUUGUAAUGCGUCUUUCAUGUUUCCCACAUACAGUACUUCACGCAUAGUAGAAAACAGACUGGGUUGAACAGGUUUUUCAAAUCUGUUCUAUAUUAUUUUGAAAUGGCUUCCUGAGAGAYGGGAAGUGUGAUUUUCUAUCAUUUUAAGUGUAUGCAAAGUUGAAUUUUUACUUUUAUAAGGAAGAAUAAAACAAGUGUCUUAAAACUGUUCAUAUAACAUUUAUUUUAAAUUARUUUCUAGAAUCGAGCUGUUCUCAGGUUCAAAAAUUGUGUGUCAGUGCAGUACAAAGUUUUGAAAAGUGCAGAGGGUCUCUCCUUACAGUAUGUGACAGAUCUGACAAGUAUCAAACUCAGGAAAAGACCUAUGCAUGUACAGCAAAAGAAAACAUAAUCAGUAUCUGUGCAAAACUAAAUGUUGUCAGAUUUUGCCAGAUGCAGAUACAUCUUUGCUAUAUGCAUUGUAGAUCUGCUGAUUUUGGGAGUCAGGUUGAAUGGCAUACCUACUCAUGUGAUCUCAUUUGCAUGUGAUUCAAAAAUGAGGCAUAAAUUGUGAUCAUCUUGCUUGCAAGAUUAGAUACAGUCUUUCUAAGGUUUUCCUCCCUCCUAGAAAUGCCAUUUGUGGCACCAGUGGUUGCCAGU